GGCCCGGGCUCCUCGCAAGGCUCAGCCGAGAAGCGCGGGGAGACUCCGCGGGAGCCCGAGUAGGGAGGUGACACCCGCCCGGGGCGGUGCACGGCCCGAUCUGCGCGCCCAUGCCGACCCCCGGCGCCGCUCUGCCCCGGUGACCCGACCCCGAAACCCUCAACAGCGGUGCGGAGUAAGAGAGCGCAGACGGAGGGGCAGCCUCUGUGGGGCUAACUCAUGAAGAACAAGGGUGCCAAGCAGAAGCUGAAACGAAAGGGAGCCGCCAGUGCGUUUGGAUGUGACCUGACGGAGUAUCUGGAGAGCUCGGGACAGGAUGUUCCAUAUGUGCUGAAGAGCUGUGCUGAAUUUAUAGAGACUCACGGCAUUGUGGAUGGGAUCUAUCGCCUCUCGGGUGUCACUUCAAACAUCCAGCGGCUACGGCAAGAGUUCGGCUCAGAUCAAUGCCCAGAUCUGACAAGGGAGGUGUACCUUCAAGACAUCCACUGUGUGGGCUCCCUGUGCAAGCUGUACUUCAGGGAGCUGCCCAACCCCCUCCUGACCUACGAGCUCUAUGAGAAAUUCACGGAAGCGGUGUCUCACUGUCCGGAAGAAGGCCAGCUGGCCCGAAUCCAGAAUGUUAUCCAGGAGCUCCCCCCACCCCAUUAUAGGACCUUGGAAUACCUGAUUCGACACCUGGCCCACAUCGCCUCAUUCAGUAGCAAGACCAACAUGCACGCCAGGAACCUGGCCCUGGUGUGGGCCCCAAACCUCCUCAGGAGUAAAAAAAUCGAAGCUACUAUUUGCAACGGAGAUGCAGCGUUCCUGGCAGUCCGGGUCCAGCAGGUGGUGAUUGAGUUCAUACUGAAUCACGCUGAUCAAAUCUUCAACGGUGGUGCUCCGGGGGCUCUGCAGCAGGAUGAAAGCCGCACUAUCACAAAGAGCCUGACCUUGCCAGCCCUGUCCCUGCCCAUGAAGUUGGUGAGCCUGGAGGAGGCUCAGGCCCGAAGCUUGGCGACAAACCACCCUGCUCGAAAAGAAAGACGGGAGAACAGCCUGCCCGAGAUCGUCCCUUCCAUGGGCACGCCCUUCCACACAGUCCUUGAGUUACCGGACAACAAGAGAAAGCUUUCCAGCAAAUCAAAGAAGUGGAAAUCAAUAUUUAACCUGGGUCGUUCUGGAUCGGACUCGAAAUCCAAGCUGAGCAGAAAUGGGAGUGUGUUCGUGAGAGGCCAGAGGCUGUCGGUGGAAAAGGCUACUAUUCGACCAGCUAAAAGCAUGGACUCACUGUGUUCAGUACCCGUGGAAGGGAAAGAAAACAAAGGAAAUUUCAAUCGAACAGUCACCACUGGUGGAUUUUUCAUCCCAGCCACAAAAAUGCACGCGAGCAGCACCGGCAGCUCCUGUGACCUCAGCAAGGAGGGCGAAUGGAGUCAGGAGGGGAUGCCAGCCGGGGCUGAGGGGGGCUGUGAGGUGGGCGGUCAGAUCCGGCCCCUGCCUGAGCAGCUGAAGGUGUUCCGCCCCAUCGGAGACCCUGAGAGCGAGCAGUCAGCCCCAAAGCUUCUGGGGAUGUUCUACACCUCCAGCGACAGUCCUGGCAAAUCCGUCUUCACAAGCAGCCUCUUCCAGAUGGAACCCUCGCCGCGCCACCAGCGGAAGGCGCUCAACAUCUCCGAGCCCUUCGCGGUGUCUGUGCCACUCCGUGUGUCCGCUGUCAUCAGUACCAACAGCACCCCGUGCAGGACACCCCCCAAAGAGCUACAGUCCCUCUCCAGCCUAGAAGAGUUUUCUUUCCAAGGUUCAGAGAGUGGAGGAUGGCCAGAAGAAGAGAAGCCUCUGGGAGCUGAGCCUUUUCCAGGUUCUGUUCCUAAAAAGGCAGCUACCGAGGACACCAAGCCAGAACAUGAAGCCCCGGGGAGAGCAGAAUGUAACCAAAGCCUUCCCCUAGACCCAGGUACCCCACUGGAGAAGAAAACCUUGGAUAUAUCCCUGGGCUCUCAACUGUCAAAGGAACCAGAGAAGUGGCCAAAUGCAGAGAAGGCGAUGGAAGAGAGCCAGGGUGCCAGCCAGACGAAGCUCAGCACUCCACAAGAGAGCCCCAGGGCGCGGACCAAGCCAGUGCUCCUUCAUGAGAUGGAUGAGGAUGACUUGGCUCAGGCCUUGAUCUGGCCUGAAAUUCAACAAGAACUGAAAAUCAUCGAAUCAGAGGAGGAGUUCUCGUCAUUGCCACCCCCUGCUCAGAAGACAAGCCCAAUGACUGAGUCAAGUCCGGCCCCAUUUCCCUCCCCAGAGGCCCCUGAGAGCUUGCCCAGUAGCUCCGCCCCUCUGGAGGUGUGGACUAGGGACUCAGCCAAUCAGAGCAUACAGGAGACUGCCAUCCUCACCAACAGAGAGAAGCUGGAGCCAGUCUGCAGCCUCCUUGAGUCAGAGUCUGAGCAGGCGGUCAGCCCAGACCCGUCCACUCUAGCACCACUGGAAAUACUUCUGUUUGAGAAGGUGUCUUCUCCAGCUAGGAUAGAGAUAGGAGGCCCAGGAAAUCUCUCCCCGCCACUUCCUCCUGCUCCUCCUCCCCCAACUCCUCUGGAGGAGGAGCCUCAAGUCUUGCUGUCACACGAAGGUCCUGACAGAGAAGACGCAUCCAGGGAUUCCAGGACAGAUCUCUACACAGAGCAGCCAAACUCCGAAGACAGCCCUGGAAUCCCUAGGCUCUGUCAGAGAGAGGAGGCUAUUGCAAGCCCAAAUGAGAAGCAAGAUGCAAAGCAGGCUGUUCCCGAGAGCAAAGACCCUGGUCUUCCAAGCCCAACAAAGGAGGUUGAAGUCAUCCCACAAGAAGAGGGAGAUGCUUCCCAUUCAGCCCAAGAGCCUUCAGACUGUGACGAAGAUGACACUGUGAUAGACACUGCCCAGCAUGGCCUGGAGAUGGUAGAACCAUGGGAGGAGCCCCAGUGGGUGACCAGUCCCCUUCAUUCUCCCACCCUGAAAGAAAUUCAGGAGUCCCAGACGCAAGGUUCCCAGGGCCACCGGUUAGAGAGGAGACUUCGCCACAGGCCCAGCCUUCGCCAGAGCCAUUCUCUAGACAGCAAAACCACUGGACAGAGCCACUGGGCUCUUGAGGCUCCCUUCUCCAGCAGUUGUGCCAGUCUUGAAACAGAGAGGAAUUAUGAGCCUCUGCAGACACCAUCAGCCAGAAUUAAAAUUGCUGGAUUGGAAGAGAAAGCCCUAAAAGCCUUCAGAGAGUUCUCUGGCCUGAAAGGGUUAGAGGUUCUUCCCAGCCAGAAGGGAUCAUCCGGUAUACAGCCCAAACCAGUAGAAACCAACUUCAUCAGUUUGACAGAGGGAAAGGAGCAGGGACCACAACUGGAAUUUAGCAACCCUCAGAUUAAACACAACGAUGUUCCCGGGCCAGAUAGCAGCGAGGGGAGUUCACCUGGGGCUCAAGACAGCACCUCACCUGGGGAACACCCCCUAAAGUUACAGCUUAAGAGCACUGAGUGUGGGCCCUCGAAAGGGAAACACCGGCCGUCUUCCCUCAACCUGGACUCUGCCAUUCCCAUCGCCGACCUUUUCCGCGUUGAGAAUGGGGCUUCCUUUAGUUCACCUGGAAUAGAGCUCUCUGAACUAGGGGACACCAAGGUCAUCUGGAUGAGCUCCUCACAAGGUAAAGCAGCCCCCUGGAGUUCUCAGGACACACAGGACCUGGGCAUCGUUGCCCAUGCCCUGACAGGCCGCCGGAAUUCGGCUCCUGUGAGCGUGUCAGCUGUGAGAACCUCUUUCAUGGUCAAAAUGUGCCAGGCCAAGGCAGUCCCUGUCAUCCCACCCAAGAUUCAAUACACACAGAUCCCACAGCCCCUGCCCUCUCAGAACACAGGGGAAGGAGGGGCUCAGCCUCCGGAAAGGAACCAGGAAGAACCUGGUUCAACCCCUGAGACCCCUCAGAAACCCACCAAAGAUGACUCUCCCUCCUCCCUGGGAAGCCCAGAGGAAGAGCAACCAAAGCAAGAGCAAGGAGCCUCUGCAUCCCGGAGGAAGGCCAGCACCACGUCCUGCGUGGCUGAGGGGUCCUUCUGCUCUGCAGAACCAGGGCCAUCCACUCUGGUCUCCUCACAGGAUGCAAUGGGGCAGUGCAGAAAGCGCACAUCAGAGACAGAGCCAUCAGAAGACAACCUUCUUUCUUCAAAACUGGAGCGAGCAUCUGGGGGUCCAAAACCUACCCACAGGCCAAGGCCAGGAAGACCUCAGAGCCUAAUCUUAUUCCCCAUCAUGGACCACCUACCUUCCUCACCCACAGUGAUAGAUUCCAAGGUCCUGCUGUCCCCUAUCAGAAGCCCUUCUCAGACAGUGUCCCCUGGCCUUCUCUGUGGAGAGUUGGCUGAAAACACGUGGGUCACGCCAGAAGGGGUUACGCUUAGGAAUAAAAUGACCAUCCCUAAGAACGGCCAAAGGCUAGAGACUUCAACAAGCUGUUUUUACCAGCCCCAGCGGAGAUCCGUGAUUCUGGAUGGAAGGAGUGGGCGGCAGAUAGAAUGAGACCAGCUGAGCCUGCUGCUGUUGUCCGUAAACGUUACCAGGUUCAUCUGGUCCUUACAG